UUGGGUCACAAUGCUACUCCUCCAUAAAUAAAGCACAGUGAGUGUGUCACCCUAGUUGCCAGGGGUGGACUGACAACUCAUGGGGCCCCCAGGCAAUAGGGGAUCAUGGGGCCCCUGUGUCCUUGCCCAGACUCAAAAAAGCCUAGGAAAAAGGUACCAGGGGCAUCUCAUGGGGCCCCCUACUGACCCCGGGCCCUUGGGCAGUGCCCGAGUUUCCAAAUGGUCAGUCCGCCCCUGCCUA